UUUGAACAAUAUUAUUUUAUUUUUUAUUAUGAUAUUCUAAAUAAACACGCAUUCAUUCAUUCAUUCAAUAUCACUUAAAUAAAUAAUUAUUGACAUAAUAGAGGGUUACAAAACAAACACAUCACCUAAAAUGUCCAAUCCCAUCUAAAGUAAAGGACAUACAGUUACAAUGCUUAUACAGCUGCCGAAACCUUACAGAAAAUAUGACAUUUUGAAGCAGAUAAUUGUGGAUUUUAUCCUGAAAACACUGAAGCUACUUCAGUUUUGUUAGGAUACUUGCAUUUCAUGCACCAUUCCAUUGAUAUGUUUCAAAAAAGCAUUAUUUUCUGUAGGGUAAAAUGUCAAUAUUUUCAUAUUUCUGGGGAGAUAUUGUCAUAAAAGCACAUGGAAACCCUGUCUGUCCUGUUUUAAUGGUGAAUUAAAGUCCCAUGCCAAUCUUGCAAAACAUCAUCAAUAUUCCAGGUGGUGGUGCUGCAGCAACUAUUUUAAUUCAAUACACUGACAACUUAUAAUAAGAAAUCAUUUUACAUGAUGCAGCUUUGCAACUUUCCCUAGAAAACAACUGCAAAUUAUGAAUUAUUCAAUUUGUUUUACGACAAAUUAAGCACCAGCGCAUCAAACAUGUUUGACUGUCAACAGAAACUAUAAAUUCUUAAAUAAAUAAAGGCUUAAAUAGGCUUUGUGUGUGUGUAAAAUUAUAUUCAGUGUCAGUAUUCUGUUGUUAGUUUUAAAUCUUCUUCUUUUUUCAUAAUUCACUUGUCUGCUGUCCGCGCUGGGAAACAUCCACAAAUGUCAAAACACGAGCGCUGCUUCGUUUCCAGACUGACGUCCGCGUGGAUGUAACCCAAAUUCUGUGAUCUUAUAAUCCAACUGUUCAGCUCGCUGGAAAAAAUAAGGGCAGGGGACGGAAGGUGACGUCAGCGCGGAGACACUUUUUGAUUGGCUUAUUCACACGGGUGGCAUGUGUUGACGGACAAAUAGUGGCGCAGCCCUCGGUGCGGUGCUUUAUUAAGAAAACACACCCAUUAUUUGCCCUCUUUGAGGUUUCUUUUGUGAGGGCAGGCGGAGCGGUGUGUGGAGAUUAGACAAUAAGACUCUCUCUCGCUGCCUAUUGUGUGCAGAUGCCUUUUUGGUCUUUAAUUUAAACAUCAUUUGACAAAAAAAAGAGGGACAAUAAUCUCAUGCUCUAUUGGUUUAAUCUACAUAUAUACAGUAGAUAUGCUAUGUUAUAUUUUCCUCAGUUAUUUAGACUUGAAAAUGGGCAGUUUAUUCUUAGUUUGUUAAAAAAUAAAGCCCCCAAAUCUGUGUCAGAAAGAAAUUUUACAUGAGCAAAUCACAAGUUUUAAUGCUGGAAACAUUUUUUUAUUUAAUGCCAGAUGCACGGCUGCAGCAUCAGGAGGAGCUGCCUUUGUUUCACACACACAGCCUCCUCUCAGCCUGUGGGAGUGUGUGUGUGUGUGUGUGUGUGUGUGUAGCUCUAAACCGUUGACCUUACAAAUGAGCAUGCUGCUGCAUCACUGUGAGAAUUGGUGUUUCUGGGCGGUGCAAAGUGGAGUAGAGCGCAUCAGAGUGCAGGAUGUGUGAGCACAGCAGCGCACAGAGAGGCAGACACACUCACUGCUGGAGGGAUCAAAUCUGCACCAUCUGACGCUCAAGGAUUUAUGGGUUUAGUCAAAAUUGCUUUUCCCCACUGUGGAGAUUAAGCACCGUAGGAUGUUUUCCACUCAGGCCGUAGAAUAGCUGCUGCUGCCGCUGCCGCUGCUACUGUUGCUGUGUUUUCUUCCCCCUCUUAUCAGCUCCAGUGAUGGAGAAGGGAACGACUGAGGAAGGUAACGUGCUUCAAGCCCCGGUGGCUAGAAGAUUCUGAGUGACAGGAGAGGAGGUGCGUCCUCUGGGGAAUGUAAACCAUGCAGGUGGACGCUGCUCUUGUGCUCGCCUGUGUCUGGCUCAUGGGGGCGACGGGGACGGUGGCCCGAACAAGGGGUCACAAGCUCGAGACCUACAAACAAACGAGAUCGAGAAGAGAGACCAAAGUGGAGGGUGGAGGUCACAAACCCGGAAGCCCCAUUUACAAAAGAAGUCCAGACAUGACAAAAUCCCUGAUGACAAAAUCCGAGCAACUCCUGAGAAUAGAUGACCACGAUUUCACAAUGAGGCCUGCAUUUGGAGGUCCGCCAAUUCCUGUUGGAGUAGAUGUUCAGGUAGAAAGUCUGGACACCAUCUCUGAAGUGGACAUGGACUUUACCAUGACGCUGUACCUGCGUCACUACUGGAAGGACGAGCGGCUGUCGUUCCCGAGCACCAACAACCAGAGCAUGACCUUUGACAGUCGGCUGGUGAAGAAGAUCUGGGUCCCUGACAUGUUCUUCGUCCAUUCAAAGCGCUCUUUCAUUCACGACACCACCACGGACAACGUCAUGCUGAGGGUGUAUCCCGACGGCAACGUCCUCUACAGUCUUAGAGUCACCGUCACUGCGAUGUGCAAUAUGGACCUGAGCCGCUUCCCGCUGGACACCCAAACCUGCUCGCUGGAGAUUGAGAGCUACGCGUACACUGACGACGACCUGAUGUUGUACUGGAAGAAAGGAAACGAAUCCCUGAACACCGACGACAGGAUAUCGCUGUCCCAGUUCCUCAUCCAGAAAUUUCACACCACCACAAAGCUGGCUUUCUACAGCAGCACAGGCUGGUACAACCGUUUGUACAUCCACUUCACCCUGCGGCGACACAUCUUCUUUUUCCUGCUGCAGACCUACUUCCCCGCCACUCUGAUGGUCAUGCUGUCCUGGGUGUCCUUCUGGAUCGAUCGCAGAGCCGUCCCAGCCAGGGUGCCGCUGGGCAUCACCACAGUGCUGACCAUGUCCACCAUCAUCACUGGGGUCAACGCCUCCAUGCCGCGGGUCUCCUACAUCAAGGCAGUGGACAUUUACCUCUGGGUCAGUUUUGUCUUUGUCUUCCUGUCGGUGAUAGAGUACGCGGCGGUCAACUAUCUCUCCACGGUACAGGAGAGGAAAGAGAGGAAGCUGAGAGAGAGAUUGCCAUGUACGUGUGGCAUCAGCAACCCAGACGACAUGAUGAUCGACCCCCAGAUCACUGGCUACGGCACGAUGGACGUCAACACCACAGGGAAUUAUGGGAUGCCCGAGAACGGCAGCCGUCAGGAGCGAAUCUUGGCCCAGGUGGCGCUGAACGACCCGCAGAUCACGGGCCAGGUGAAGCCGCCCAGAGGCUACGUGAAUAUUUGGAUUGACACCCACGCCAUAGACAAGUACUCGCGGGUGGUCUUUCCCGGUGCUUACAUCCUCUUCAACAUCAUCUACUGGUCCAUCUACUCUUAACACGGGAUAUCUGCGGGAGUCGUGUACGACGGGGACUCCAGGAACUCAUUUUGUUCGCGUUUUUUUUCCGCGUUCGUCAGACGCUGAAAAUGCUCAUAAGAAACUGUGGAGACCACGGACAGACUGGUGAUCACCGCCUUCUUGACUCACACCUGAAGUCAUAGUUCUGUCCGUCCGUCAAGUCUGUGUGGUUUUAUGUUUUAACUGUCGUGUUGUUGACGGGGACGUUUCGAUGUUGCGAGAAAACCGACGACCGCGAACAAUUCAGUGACAACGAAACUGAAAAUGGAUUUCUGCUGAUGUUGUUUCUUUUUGCAUUAUAUGAACAAGAUGUGACAAUCAAUUUAAAAAACAA